UUCACUUGCGGCAUCAGCUUUCACACUCCGUGCAUUGCUAUUUGUCGUGAUAUACCUACCUACCUUCUCUAUGAGUAAGAGGCGUCUCUUGUUCCGCAAUACUAUCUUUCGUUUCUUUCUCUACACCCUCUUGUAUAUAUGAGACAGUUUCGCAUUGAUACUGAUGUGCUCAAGUGCACUGUGUUUGAGAGACUAUGGCCCGUCUGACCACCCCAUACCUUCUCUCUUAGCCUGGGCAUCCUUAAGAGAGUCAAAUAGCAGCAAUACCCGAUGCCGCAGAGGUAGUGAUACAUCGCCUCAACCAUUUGAAACCAUCAAUCGAAGGGUGGGUUGUAGUAGCACACUGACGCCGUAUUCCAGAUCCGGCCCAGACACAUCUACAACGGCCCCAUGGUAAUCUUCGUGGUAUACACAUCACAUGCACUGAAUGAACGACACGGCACCCGCUGGUUCCCAGCACCAUCCCGUCCCCAUCCGGCUGAUCACGAUCACUGCGCAUGUGCCCGUGGGCGAGGGUUCAAGGGACACGUGGAGCAGGGCACUGCGAUCCCGCGCCUCCAGGACGCAAAGCAACAACGCCAUCCACACUAUCAGACACCAACUGCAUCCAAGAAGCCACGCAUCACGCACCCCCGAGUCACCACACUCACAGCCGAGACGCCGCGUCCAACACACCCACCGCUUACCGCUACUCCCCACGCUCGAUUCCCACGCUCGAUUCUCACCCCCGAUCCACGCACCCAGACGCACACCUCGCUCACCGCGACACACGCACGCAGCAUCUCGCCGUCCAGACAGCGCCCGUGCGCAUGCCCGCCGAUGAUACGGAGAGGUGUUCGGAUGCUACAGCCGCAGCGUUGCUGGAGUGACGCAGGUACAGCGCAUCGACGAGACCCGUGCGGCGGUGUGGACGGUGGUCACAGCGCGUGGGCUCUGGGACUGCGGGAUGGCACUGUGGCGAGUAUACAGGACAUGCGGUGGUGGUUGGGUUGGGUGCGAAGGAGCGUUCUUGAUACAGCCGGGGCAGGGCAUGGGCGAUUCAGGGGUGUCGGUUUGGACGCACAGUUGCUGUUGGGCUUACUGGGGGGGUUGCUGCGGUGGUGGGCGGUUUGGGAGGACAUUGGCAUCGAGAUCGGAUGGCAUGUAUACGAAAUGAACGCGCGUGUUCAGGUGCAGAGUCGCGGUGUCCCCUAACCGUGCAGUGCUUCCGAGCGCAUGCGAUAUCUCGCGUCGGGCAGCGUUGACCGCUUCGCGCUGACAGAGUCCUCAUGGCAACCAUCGCGACGGCGAGCUCGAGGCAGCUGUCGCUCCUCGA